AUGUCGAAUCCAAAUAACGUUCCACCAUCUGGAAACACGCAUCACCAUUAUAACUCCAAUUACCACAAAAAUAGGAGAAACAAUGGUAAUUACAAUAAUUACAACCCGUCACACCCCCAACCUCAGUAUUACCAACAGCAAGGUUGGCAAGGAUAUAUGCCCCAGCCAUACCAGGCGCCACCUCCAGGGUAUGCAUACAGUUACUAUGCUCCAUCUCCACAAGGUGUUCCAGGAGGAGCUUACUAUGCAGCACCCCCUCCAGGUGCUAUUGCCAUUAGUCCAACGCUCCCCACAUCGGCCACUCACACUCCUGUCGGUAAACCUGCUGGUUUGAGCAUUAAGAACAAGAACGGCGAGCCUGUCCAAUUCAACAAGGGCCAUUCGAAAACAGCUUCGUUCUCGACCUCGUCUUCAUCUUCUACCCCGGUUUUGUCGAAAGUCACACCAAACCUACCAGCAGUCCCACCUACAACCGCUUCUGUGCCCAUGUCCCCGGUGAAACCCAUUGCGACCCCUGUCUCGAAGCCUGCCACUCCUCCGGCUCCUGCACCAGCAAAACCAGCUCAACCAGAAGUCAAGAGAGCAAAUGAGGACUUCAAGGCUAAAUUCUUGGAACAACUUCGGUUGAAAAAUGUCAAAGCCGCCGCAGGAAAGGAUAAGCCGCAGGCCGCUCCAGCAGCAGAAACCAAGGAAAUCAAGGAAACCAAGACUGAGGUGAAACCAGCCGUCGAGGAAGUCAAAAAGGAGGCACCAGUGACGGAAAAGCCAAAGGAGGUUGUUCCUGAAGUGAAAGAGGAACCUAAACCAGAGGUUGAGGAGGAAUCCAAGCCAGAACCUCCAAAGGCUGAAGAACCUAAGGUUGCCGAACCCGCACGUGAGGUUCCAGAAACCGAGCCAAUUGUCGAGAAACCUACUGUGUCUGCUUCUACUGUGAAAGAAGAAAAGGGGGUGCCAGAAGAGGUGCCCGCUGAAAAAGCUCCAGCUACCGAAUCUGAGACUGUUUCUGAAACCACAGAACUUUCCGCUACUGACUCUGAAGCUCCAAUAAAAGAAGAGGGACAGGAAACUCCAGAAACCGAGUCCCCAGGUAUAGACAAGUCAUACGACAUGACCCGCUUUUUCAACCAGAUCUCGGAAGCCGUUCCGAUUAAAGACAUUUAUUCUUUCGAUUACAGCGAAGGACAAGAGAAGCCUGAUCCAAGAUUACAAAAUCCCUCCAGAAAUAAAUACAGUCCGCCUUUCCUUCUUCAGUUCCAGCCGGUUUGUCAAUUCAGAGUUGACGACGAGUGGGAUGCCAAGGUGCGGUCUAUAAUUGAUUUGGUGGGGGCCAAAAAGGAUUCACGCGACCGAGGAUUCUCUAGAUCUGGCAGCCAAUUUGGAAGAGGCGGAUCGAACAUGUCAAACUCCAUGCCAAGAACUGCCACCCUUAGAGGUGAGUUCGGAUCCAGAAACGGAUCAAAGGGUGGUUCCAAGAAGAAGGGUCUUGGAUCUCGUGAGAAGAGUCAAAGACAGGGUUCCAAGAAGCCUAGAAGAUUCGACGACGACAGGGAUGAAGAGGCAGAGCCUCCAAAGCCUGCUGUUGAGGUUAAGCCGUUGGAAAAGUCGGCUAACAGAUGGGUCCCAAGAUCGCAAAGAAACAAAGAAAAGGAAGUCAAGUAUGCUCCAGAUGGUGUUACAGUCAUUUUAGAUUCAGAGACUGUGGAGGCCAAGGUGAAGUCGCAUUUGAACAAAUUAACGCUCGAGAAGUUCGAUACUAUUAGUGCAGAAAUUAUCGCAAUUGCCAAUCAAGCGCAAUGGGAAGACGAUGUUACUACUUUGAAACAAGUGAUCGAGUUGACCUUUGCCAAGGCUUGUGACGAGCACCUUUGGUCUUCCAUGUACGCUAAGUUCUGCUUGCAACUUUGCACAGACAUUUCUGAAGAGGUUGAGGACAAGUCGCAACCAAGACCUGAGCACGUUACCAAGCGUGUGUACUCUUCUGGCUUAGUUCGUAAGCUCUUGGUGUCCAGAUGUCAAUCUGAGUACGAGAAGGGAUGGUCUGACAAGUUGCCAACAAACGAGGAUGGAUCUCCAUUGGAGCCAGAGAUGAUGUCUGACGAGUACUACAAGAUGGCUGCUGCCAAGAGAAGAGGUCUUGGACUCGUGAGGUUCAUUGGAGAGUUGUACUAUUUGAACUUGUUGUCCGAGAAGAUUAUUAUUAGAUGUCUUGUUGAUCAACUUGCGGACACUGAGACUCCAAGUGAGGAUACUCUAGAGACCUUGACCCAAUUAUUGACCACCACUGGUGCCAAGUUGGAUUCCAGCAACAGAGGACCAUUGGACUUUGCAUUUGAGAAGAUCAACUACAUCAUUAAUAACUGCAAGCUGUCGUCGAGAAUCAAGUUCAAGCUUAUGGACUUAAUUGAUUUGAGGUCACGCAAGUGGAAUGAUGCCAAGUUGAAUGCUGGUCCUAAGACGAUUGCCGAGAUUCACGAGGAAGCCGAGGCCAAACGUAUUCAAGAGGAGAGAGAUGCGAUCAGAAGACGGAAGAACGACCCACGUUCUGGUUCUUCGAGAUCCAACAGCUCGAGAUCGAACUCCAAAUGGGGUAACAGCAACCAUAUUUCAUCGAACGACAUUUCCAAAGUCGGUGUUGUGAGAAACUCGUCCGAGAGAUCGCUUGGGCCUUUCAACAAUAAAAAGGGCAAGAUGACUCCGUCGAAACCUAAUCCACAGCAAUUCACCACAGUUCCAUCUGCUGGUUCUGGAAACUCUUCUGCUGCUUCCAACUCUCAAAAGGGCACUGCCACCCCGCCAGAUGAGCCAAGAGAGGCAUCCAAGAACAUGUUCGCAGCAUUAGGUGACCAUGAAGAUGACGAUAGUGACAAGGAGGUUGAGGACGAGGUUCCUGAGCAUGUUGCGGGACAAGACGCCGAGACCGAGGAGCAGCCACAAGCAUGA